AAUAAAAACAGAAAUGUUCGCUGCUGUUGAUAAAGAGUUUAAAAAAUGGCAGAAAAAGGAUGAAUCAAAGGAAUCUGAGAGUUUAAGCUCAAGUUCUAGAAGUUCUAUUGAACCUGAGCCUAAAAAAGACCCUGUCAAAAGAAGCCCUUUUCUCAAGGAUUAUGGUCUUUAUGGAUCAGAUGAUACAGCAAUAAGGUUUUUUAAUAAGCAAAAACCUAGUUUUGGCAAGAUCAAGGGAAAGGGAAAGCGUAAAGAAGCUUUUAGUGACAUGGAUAUCCAAAUACUAAUGCAGCUGAAUCACAUGGUCAUUGAGAUGUCUAACCUGAACAAAGUGGUAGACAAUCUGUAAGAUACUUCCUUCCAAUUUUAGCUGUUAAAGAUUCUCUUUUGAAAAUAACAAAAAGUUGCACUUAUUCAGGCUGAAUUCUAGGAAUCUUAUCAAGGGUGAAUUCUUGCUCUGGUCCAUUAUCUGUUAAGAACUAGCCUCAUAAAAGCUCCUUAGAGGAUGCAGAGGCUUCUUAAGAGCUUCAAUUCAUAGACUUUUAUGACUGUCAAUUGGAAAGGAGUUCAAUUGAAGCUCAAAUUAAUUACCAUAGUACAUAAUAGGGAGAGGGGGCAGAGGAAAAUUACUUUUGAGAAAUGUCUUUUAUAAGGGGAAAAUAUUUGAGCUACUCUAUCUAGGCUUAUUUAUGCUUUAUUUGUGUGUACAAAAGUUCUGGUUGGAAGGAAAGCUGUGGAGUAUUCAGGAAGGGGAAUAUUGGGAGUUAGUUAUCAGAGUAUAGCAUCGGGAAAUAGCUCAAUAUAUGGAAUUGUUAAGGAAGGUAGAAGAUAAUAUUGAGCUUUAGAGGGAGAUAGUACUUGGACCAUAUGAAAUCUGGUGUUUUUUCUUCUAUUUUUUAUUAUUCUUCAAUUUAACAGGCUCUGUGGGGUAGUCCUUAGCUUAAAUCAUCCAUUUGUUUAUAAGUUCCGUUUUUGUUUAAAGAUCAGGAAUCUUAGAACAAAUCAACUCAUAAACAAUUUCCUACAUUUCUACUCCUAAAAACCUCUUAAACUCUUGUCAAAUACACUUCUUCUAAAUUUCA